UUUGGAGUUUUCUAAUGGGGGAAUUUCCAGGAACCCUAUUUUGACCUUCUCUCUCUCUCUCCAUUCACUGCUUAUCAUCAAAAAUUUCAGGUGUUAUCUGGUGAAGAAUCCUUCAGACUACAAUCAUCGACCUUUCAAGUCUACAAAUCCCGCAACCCUUCUUUCUCAACGCCUACAAUGGACAGCUGUGGAUCUACAUGUCUCUGUAUUACGAAAGCUUUUUUUAACUGAUUUCCCAGAUUCUCAGGGUAUAAAAGAGGAGAAGAAGAGGUGUAAAGAGAAAUCGUUGAUUCAGAGUUAUAUUGGCAAGAUGAGGAUCACGAAGUCUGUUGAUUCUUCUCAAAACCCUAGCCUUUGUGGAUUCUUGGUGGUCGAAUCUUAUCCUAAAAGGUAUUCCUCCAAGAUCCCAUCAGAUCUGGUUCUCUUUCUCGGACUUGGAUUCAUAGAUUGGUAACAUAAUCGCUUAUCCUAUAUAAUAUCUAUAUUUAAUGUCAAAUUAUGACGGAUUUCUCUAUUAAUCUUCCACCAAUCACCCAAUUUAAUGUAUUUAGAGGUGUUCUUAUUUGGGAGAUUCAUGACAGCUGAUCGAUUUGAUUCAUCCUAGUUCUAGCUAGUCUCUUCUUCAUAUACUUUUCCUGACUUUAUACCUGAUGAUGAUGAUAUGGUGAUGGUGAUAACUUGGUAAAAUUCAUAACCCUAGUUUAACAAAAAUGAGGGAUUCUCUUCUUAAAGUUCUGUCAAUGGAAAGCCAUCACCCUUCCACCAUUUUGUCCAUGGAUUCAAGUACAUCAUCCUCACAAGAAGAAUUAGAUCUUGAAAUGAAUCUCCCAGAUGGUCUUACAUGUCCUCCUGAUAUCAAUCUUCCUUUCUCGGUUGGUAAUAGUCCCCCACCACCAAUAUGGAACUCUGAUUGUGGUGACAUUGUUGAUAUUGGGCAUGCUCCCCAAUCAUGUGAAAUUGAAAACGCCCCAAAAAUGGGAAGGAAAUGUGCUAAGAGGGUAGAUAGCAUAUGGGGUGCUUGGUUUUUCUUCACUUGCUACUUCAAGCCUGUUUUGAAAGAGAAAUCGAAAGGGAAGAUCGUUGAUGCAUGCAAUGGUGUAUCGGGAUUCGAUAAAUCAGAUAUCCAACUCGAUACUUUCUUGGUUCAACACGAUAUGGAGAACAUGUAUAUGUGGGUAUUUAAAGAAAGACGGGAGAAUGCUUUGGGAAAGAUGCAACUUCGGAGUUAUAUGAAUGGGCAUUCUCGACAUGGAGAGCGUCCUUUCCCGUUUAGUGUGGACAAGGGUUUUGUCCGAUCGCAUCGGAUGCAGAGGAAACAAUAUCGGGGAUUGUCGAAUCCUCAGUGCAUACAUGGGAUUGAGAUUGUAUCGUCCCCGAAUCUCACAUUCCUCGAUGAAAACGAGCGGAAAAGGUGGGUGGAGCUAACCGGGCGAGACUUCAACAUUGCUAUUCCGUCUGAAGCCAUCGACUUCUCUUCUUGGCGAAAUCUUCCAAUUCCCGAGUUCGAAGCUCCACUCCUAAUCAAGAACAACCCGAACCUGAUCUCGAAGAAACUACUCAACGGUUCGGAUCUCAACUUGUCAACUAGCAACGGCGACCCAUUGGAUCUCUCCCCGAUGAGCAAGAGACAAAAACACUUCUUCCCACAAGUGGCUUAUCCAGACCAGAAUCCGCGUUUGGAUAUGGUAAUCGACCCGCUAAGGCCGCACUGGGCGGACGACUUUAGCGGGGUCAUGACAAACGUUCAUGGGCCCGUGACGGCCGCCAAAACGAUAUACGAAGACGAAACAUCGUACCUAAUUAUCAUAAGCUUGCCGUUUGUGGAUCUUCAAACGGUUAAGGUUUCUUGGAGGAACACGAUAACUCACGGGAUUGUUAAGGUGUGUUGUUUGAGCACUUCUUGUGCCCCUUACGUGAAGAGAAGUAACCGGACUUUCAAGCUCGUAGAUCCUUCUUCGGAGCAUUGCCCUCAGGGGGAGUUUAUGCGGGAAAUUCCUCUUGCGACGAGGAUUCCGGAAGAUGCAAAUAUUGAGGCGUAUUAUGAUGGGCCCGGAACUACAUUGGAGAUUAUCGUGCCGAAACCUUGUGGAGGGAUAAAAGAACAUGAGGUGGUUGUUUGUCGUCGCCCUCAUAACAUGGAAAGCAGUGAUCAUCUUAUGUUGGUAUAACACUCUGUGGGAUGGUUUUUACUUAUGUUGUGGAUUAUUAUUGCUUUUAGAAUUUCUAAUUUAAGUGUUAUUUUGACAACUUAAGUGUAAGCUUGCUUGUGGUGUUAUUAUAUGAUUAUGUUGAAAACUAUAAUAAUUGGUUUAUGUUUAUUAUUUG